AGUUCAGUGGCAAAACAAUUGGUAUAAUCGGGCUUGGCAGGAUUGGUUUGGCCAUAGCCAAAAGAGCUGAAGCAUUUGAUUGCCCCAUCAGCUACUACUCGAGAUCAGAAAAGCCACAGACAAACUACAAAUACUACUCGAGCGUUGUUGAUCUGGCUGCUAACUGCCACAUUCUCAUCGUAGCAUGCGCAUUGACAGAGGAAACCCGCCAUAUUGUGAAUCGUGAGGUUAUGGAUGCCUUGGGUCCAAAGGGUGUUCUUGUGAACAUUGGACGGGGACCUCACGUAGAUGAGGCAGAGCUUGUGUCGGCACUAAUCGAGGGCCGGCUUGGAGGGGCCGCCCUCGAUGUGUUCGAGCAUGAACCCCAUGUUCCUGAGCAGCUAUUUGGAUUGGAGAACGUAGUGUUGGUGCCUCAUGUGGGGAGCGCCACCUGGGAAACUCGCAAAGAGAUGGCAGACCUGGUUCUUGGGAACUUAGAGGCACAUGCGACGAACAAGCCCCUAUUGACUCCGGUGCUGUGAUUGCUUGCAUAAAAUACAGUACGAUUUUAUUGUUUCAGGGAGUUGGUGAAGGAUUUCAUUGUAAAUUUGUUUACUUGUUCUUCGGUUCAAAACUGAUGUCACUUAGCCCCCUGCAUGCUAUGCUUAUGAAAGUGUGCAGCUGGAGUCCAUUUGUCAUUUUUAUCCUGGAUGGAUUUUUACUUCCUGCGGUAAUCCCGUUGAGGUUAAUCCUAUGGUUCUCCUUGCUUGGAAACAUCUACAGCUUCUGUAAGGAGGGUGGCUCUGUUGGCGAUACCAUUUAAUUCCAUGUUGUUCCUGUAAUUCCGGGCGUCUUUAUCUCUUUGAGGGUGCAGGAAGCCCACAAAUGUGAUGUUCAAUUUAAGACCCGGACUUCAUGCCUGUGCAAGUUCCAAAUGACUUUUCCCAUUC